AUGGUUAGAUAUAUUUUAGAAAUGGAAGCCUUAUAUUAUCGACUUUCAAGAAAUGAUAUUAGAAGGUUGGCUUAUACUUUGUCUAUUAAGAAUGGUAUUGAGAAUCCAUUUAAAAAUGGUAGCUGGUUGGACGGCUUUUUAACUCGGCAUAAGAAGAUGCUAUCUCUUAGAACACCAACUGGAACCUCUUUUGCCAGGGCAUUAGGUUUUAACAAAGCGAACGUAGAAGAGUUUUUCAAUAAUUUGGAAACCCAGUACAAAGCGAAAAAUUUUAUACAGCACCAAAUCUAUAACGUAGAUGAGACAGGUUUAACUGUUGUUCAAAGUAAAGUAAUGCAGGUUGUAGGAAGGAAAGGUAAAAGACAGAUUGCAUCAGCAGAACGAGGAUCCCUGGUCACUUUAAUUGCAGCUAUGGGAGUCGGUGGUCAUUUUGUUCCACCGAUGUUAAUUUUUCCACGGAAAAAUCGUAAUGAUCAACUCAUGCGUGGUGCACCUCCUGGUUCAAUGUAUGCUGUACACCCCAGUGGCUGGGUGCAACAUAAUCUCUUUGUUGACUGGAUUAAGCAUUUUAUAGAAUUCGUUAAGCCAUCGGAUGAUUCUCCUGUUAUGUUACUGCUAGAUGGUCACUAUAGCCACACCAGGAAUCUGGAAGUAGUUCUGCUGGCUAGAGAAAAUCAUUAA